GUCUUUGGCAAAGAGAAAAGUUUGAUAGUCUACUUUGUUUCCCCAAACAAUAUGAAUGAGCAGCCAAAAGUUUCAAAGCGGAUUACGCGUGAACUGGAGAGAUAUUUAAACAGAGAGAGGGUUCAACAUAGAUUUGACCCAUCUGGGCAAGGACUAGCCAGGACACAUCCACUGGUGGUAAACUUGGAGUUGGCUUAUUUGAUUGCCAGUGAGGAUGAAAAGCAGAAAGAAAGAGAGAAGCGUGGAGCAGAAUCACCUCGAGAUGAGGGGAAGAAAAACAAGAUUUUGUUGGAACAAGAUGCGAUGCCAAGGAUCAAGUCACUCCCAAAGAAAAAAAUUAGAGUUCAAGCAUCUGAGAUAGAGAGACUAGCCAAAAAUGCUCAAUCUACUUUGAAAAGCAUUGAUGCAGACAAGAUAAGUACAGUCUAUCGCUUCAGGCAACAAAUGAUUCCAUAUGAAGUUAGACAUCAGGGCAAAGUGAAGCAGAUCUCCACGAAUGUCCAUGCCAUGUUGAAUGCAGAAGAAGCAUGGAGGUAUAGGAAAGAAAAUGAUGAAAGAGAAAAAGUAAAGAAAUAUCGAGAGCAGCAGAAAGCCAAGGCAAAGGAGAAGGUUGCACAGGAGGCUAAGGAGAGGGAAAUGGCAAAGCUACCAGCAGGAAUCAGGAUGGAGAUAAAGCGCCAGCAGGAGAAGCAAAGUAAAACUGCUGUACUUGAAAAACUCCUUGAGCCUGAUCGAAGCAAAACAAGUUCACCUCGGUGCAGCGCUCCCAUAGAAUCUGAGGAUGGCUUUGCUGAUGCAGAGGAAAGCCUGUACGAGGAUGAUUUUGAAGAGGAGGAAGAGGGUGCAGAUGAUGAGAGGGUAGAAUGCUCCUCUGGAAAAGAACUUGAGAUGGUUGAUGGAGAUGACAUGACGAGUGAAGAUACUAUCAGUAGGAAAACAGAUGGCACCGAAUAUGAAGCCCCCAUUGCUGCUGUCACUACGGCCAACGAUGCAGGAAGUGUUUCCUCAUUUCCAUCUACCACCUUGACCUCGGCCACCUCUAGACCACAGAGCAAAAGAUCAACCCACCAAGAUCAAGAAGCAGCUGAACUAUAUGAGGAUGACAGCUUCGAGAGCGAUAACGACGAUGCGGAUGAUCAGAGCGUGUUCAUGACAGAUGUCAACCCAGGCAGUAUUACUGGAAGUAGAAACAGUUCAAGAGCUCCAUCACCUACAAAGUCAUCAGGUAGGCUGCACAAGGAGGACAUUACUGUCACUGAAGAGAAAAGCACCUCAGAAUCAAGCUGGAAGCAUGGUCACCAGGACCAUAUCGGAGGUCAGAGAGGCGAUAACCCUGGGUCAGGAGAUGUGAAGCGGUUGGCCAAUCAGCUUGCUCGAGCUGUUGUUAGGAAUACGGCUGAAGAGGAAGGUGUGUCCUACUCAUCCAUGUCUUCAAUCCAGACUGAUAGGUCAAAGGUCAAAGUUGUAGAUGUUGAACAGGCUGAAGAUGAACAAAGAAAUAGGCAGAUGACCCAAGAGUACACCAGAACGGAAAGCGUUGUCUCGUUGAGUGAUAGAGUGAAGAUGGACCUAGCGAAGGAAAGAGAUACUUGAAACAUAUUCAAAGUCACACUCGGGUUGAAGAUACAUACAUGUAGUCACCCAUUGAGUGAUGGUUCUGAUGGAUAUCUGGGCCUAGUGACACAAAUGUUAGCAAUUACAUCAUUGCAUGUGCCUUUUCCUCAGUAGACUGAGGAACCAGUCAGAAAUGUUCUUUCAAAUAAGCAAUUAAUCGCUAUCCUUUGUGUUACGGGGCCCUGAGCAACAAAGAGCUAAAGAUGUUGAUAUUGUUACAAAUAUAGGCUGAACAUUUUGUCAAAGAUUAAAAGCUCAAGGUCAAAACUGGUUGCUGUUUACAUCUCUCUAAUAAAUUGUAAUCAGUAGACUAGUAGAUUUUCUAAUUACCAUAGGCUGAACACAUUGUGCAAGAUUCAAAUCCUGGUUUGCAAUGUUCACUAGACAUCUCUGGUUUUCUGAUUGACCAGUAGAUUUUAUUUUUCCAUUGGCUGAACAUGUGGAUAUUCUUUUUAACUUACAGUGUAUAACCCAAUUUUCUCAGGAGAUUGCUUUUCACAUAUGCUGAACGAAUUGCCCAAUAUUCUGAACUGUGUUUUAACUAUUUUGAUAUGAAUCUCAAACUCUUAAAUUUAAUCCAUGAUGGGGUCAUAUUUUACGUUAGAUAUUUGGCUGAAUCUGUACAAUAGGCAAAUUCAGAUCUUUUAACCAUGGCCAAAAUACAUGUAUGACAGGGUAAUAGUUAUUUAUUUUUAUAUGAGAAUGUUUUUAUUAGAGGCACUCUAAUGCAUGUAAUCAUGGGAUAUUGAUACUGAGUGGUCUUUGUGUUUUAGGUUGAAGAUAAAGUAUAGGAUUGUAGCCCAAUCUUCCUAAUAACUUGCCAAUUAUCAUUAUUUUGUCUUUUUCAAUCAAACUUUUUUACUGUUAAUAGCCAUUUUUUAACAAGGCAUUUUAAGAGCAAUUUACUUGGAGGGCAGGUAAAUUUUGCACCCCGGCCCCUUAGAUGUGGUCCGUGAAAGAUCCAAUUGACACAAAACUUGUUUCAGACAAUCAUGCUUGAUAUUUUCACUAAACAAAGUUAAUUUUGUAUUUCAUAUCCAUAAAAUAAAGCAUGCAUUUCUACCUAUGUUAUUCCUCAGAUUAGGUCUUUUGAAAAUGCAAAUCCAUUGUAAAGCCUGAGGGAAAACAUUACCAACAUUAUCGUUCAUGAAAAAGGUAAAUCUUGAGGUUAUCCUUGUACUCUUGGAUGUGUUAUCUUCUUUUUAAAGUUAUUAGUUUUUAUUGAUUUAUAUUAUAUUGCUUAUAUGUGUAUUUCAGAUUUUGAUUUCACUCAAGUUCAAAAGAGAAAAUAUGAUUUAAAAUGUUUAAAAGUUUUUCUAAAUUGAUUUUAACAAAUCCAUUCGUCUGUACUGAAAAAGUGCUGUUGUUUUUUUAUUCAAAGCCAAUUAUGUGAUUAUUUUACAUAUUUCAUAACACAGGUAUUUUUUUCAUCAGAGUUGAUGAGUAUUAAAACAUGCUUUAGAAUUGUGAUACGGUAUAUUGACCUCAUCAGAUUUCCCUCAAAAUGUAUCACAUCUUGAGAAAUAAAUCAGAAUAUACAUU